CCAGUGUCCUGCGGCCCUCAUUGCCCCACCCAUCGCUUCCACGCCGCGGUCCUCACCACCUCACCUUUGCUGUCGGUAGCCCGAGCCGCUGCUCGCCCGCUGGGAGCGCAGUGGAGCCCAGUGUUGGGCACGAGUCCUGCGGGGCCGCAGGCUCCGCCCUGCUGCGCCCCGCCCCGCCUGCGCUCGGGGGAAAGGCCGCCCCGGGGACAUGUCGUGCCCCCCUCAGCGAGGGCAGGAGUGUGUGAAAGGCAGCGGGGCUGUCAGGGCUGGAAGCGGGAGGAGGCAAGUCCCCGAGCUCUGAAGUCCCAGAUCUGGGCGGCAGGAGGCCCAGGGUCGUGGGGGAGAGGGACGCGUCAAGGUGGCGGAGAGAGCAAAAUGUCAUCAGCAGAAUCACACCAGGAACAAUUGUCCCAGUCAGAUCCAUCCCCGUCACCAAACUCAUGUAGUUCCUUUGAGCUACUAGACAUGGAUGCUGGCAGUUUGUAUGAGCCAGUUUCUCCUUAUUGGUUUUAUUGUAAAAUAAUAGAUUCUAAGGAGACAUGGAUUCCUUUCAACUCUGAGGAUUCACAGCAGCUGGAAGAGGCAUAUGGUUCUGGAAAAGAUUGUAAUGGGAGAGUUGUCCCCACUGAUGGGGGCAGAUAUGAUGUGCAUUUGGGGGAGAGGAUGCGGUAUGCUGUAUACUGGGAUGAGCUAGCAUCGGAAGUGAGACGAUGUACCUGGUUUUACAAGGGAGACAAAGAUAAUAAGUAUGUUCCCUACUCAGAGAGCUUCAGCCAAGUAUUAGAGGAAACGUACAUGCUUGCUGUAACUCUGGAUGAGUGGAAAAAGAAAUUGGAGUCUCCCAACAGAGAAAUUAUUAUAUUACACAAUCCAAAGCUUAUGGUGCAUUACCAGCCAGUUGCAGGGUCUGAUGAAUGGGGUUCAACACCCACUGAACAGGGUCGACCAAGAACAGUGAAGAGAGGGGUUGAGAACAUCUCUGUUGACAUUCAUUGUGGUAAUAGGAAGUUAUGGAAUGUAUUAGGUUUUCUGCUUAAAAUACCUUUUUUUUUUUUUUUUGUCAGAGAUCUGCAGCGAAUAACUCUGCCCAGCAUUAACCGCCUAAGGCACUUUACCAAUGACACAAUUCUGGAUGUCUUCUUCUACAAUAGCCCCACCUACUGUCAGACUAUAGUGGACACAGUUGCUUCUGAAAUGAACCGAAUAUAUACACUUUUUCUUCAGAGGAACCCUGAUUUCAAAGGGGGUGUAUCCAUUGCCGGUCAUAGUUUAGGUUCGCUUAUAUUGUUUGAUAUACUAACAAAUCAGAAAGAAUCUUUGGGGGAUAUGGACAGUGAAAAGGAUGCACCAAAUAUUGUCAUGGAUGAAGGAGACACACUGACACUAGAGGAAGGUUUGAAGAAACUUCAACUCUCUGAAUUCUUUAAUAUCUUUGAGAAGGAGAAAGUAGAUAAGGAAGCUCUGGCUUUUUGUACUGACAAAGAUCUUCAGGAAAUGGGAAUUCCCUUAGGACCAAGAAAGAAGAUAUUAAACUACUUUAGGACCAGAAAAAAUUCAACGGGUAUUAAUAGACCAACCCUGCAGCCAGCUUCAGGGGUGACUAUAUCUGACAUCCCCAAAGAAUCAGGCUUCUGCAGUAAAACUGACGCCACUGGAAAUGGUGACUAUCUGGAUGUUGGUAUUGGGCAGGUGUCUGUAAAAUACCCCCGGCUCAUCUACAAACCAGAAAUAUUCUUUGCCUUUGGAUCUCCCAUUGGAAUGUUCCUUACUGUCCGAGGACUAAAAAGAAUCGAUCCCAACUAUAAAUUUCCAACAUGCAAAGGUUUCUUCAAUAUCUAUCACCCUUUUGAUCCUGUGGCCUAUAGGAUUGAACCGAUGGUGGUCCCAGGAGUGGAAUUUGAGCCAAUGCUGAUCCCACAUCAUAAAGGCAGGAAGCGAAUGCACUUAGAAUUGAGAGAGGGCUUGACCAGGAUGAGUAUGGACCUUAAGAACAACUUGCUAGGUUCACUUCGGAUGGCCUGGAAGUCUUUCACCAGAGCUCCAUACCCUGCCUUACAGGCUUCAGAAACUACAGAAGAAACUGAAGCAGAAUCUGAAUCAAGUUCAGAGAAGCUGAGUGAUGUUAACACAGAAGAGACCCCUGUGGCAGUUAAAGAAGAAGUCCCACCCAUCAAUGUGGGAAUGCUGAAUGGAGGCCAGCGCAUUGACUAUGUGCUACAAGAGAAGCCCAUUGAAAGUUUUAACGAAUAUUUAUUUGCUUUACAAAGCCAUCUAUGCUACUGGGAGUCUGAAGAUACAGUAUUGCUGGUCCUCAAAGAAAUCUACCAAACCCAGGGCAUCUUCCUUGAUCAGCCUUUACAGUAAAAAUGAAUCGUGUGGCUGCUUAAUACGGACACUGAAGGAUCCUCCCCCAGAAAAUGCACCUGCUUGUUGCUGCCGUUUCCCUCUCCUCAGCUGCAUCAUUUCCUGCAUGUUGCCUGCCACUUAUUUACCACCGGGGUCUUUGGAAGAUAAUCUUGUUAUCUCGGAAGUGAGUGAAAAAACAAAGGGAAGACCCUAUUACUUUUUACCACUGGCUUUAUAGAAGCACUCGCCACUCUUCAUAGUGGGGGUUGUUUGCAUCUUUAAUUCCAGAUGAUAGGUGCCAUCCUUUAUUGCUUAUUACUUGAGAUAGUAUAAAGUCUGUUUUGAGUUUAUUUUGGCUUGGUAGAAAUUUUUCUAGGAAAUUAUUGCUUUAGAAAAUGUUCUAGUUUGGAGCAGGCUCCAGAGAUUCAGAAGGCAUUUUGGGGUACACUCAUCUCUCAUUGGUGUUCUCUGUAUUUGAAGGCUAAGUGGGUGUGAAAAAGAUUGUUGGGCACCUUC